UUUAUAGUAGGAUGAUUCUCUCACAAGUUGGUAGAAGAUGUUCGAGAACAUGUGCUGCGAUCAGAGCACCUCAGAGUGUGAUGAAGUCACGUGACAGCACACCACGUGACAUCACACCACGUGUCCUGCCAGCUCGACCCUUGUCACUGAUGUCUAAAAUACCUUUCAUCGGAAAAGGGAAGGGAGAAACGGAUAAUUUUGAUAAUAUCGUCAGCGACAGAUCUGAAGAAUGGUACGAGCAGGACCUACCCUCUGAAGAGCAGAUUGAAUCAGUUUUAUUCCCUCUAUCUCUGGAGAUCCUAGGUGCUAGUGAGGAUGACUGGCGCACCGCAGCAUUCCCCGACUUGGCCAGUAAAUUCAACUUUCUUACAGCGUGUAUUGAACAGUUUGAAAGGGACAUUCCUAGCUCUGAGCUAACGUAUCUUGUUUCUGUUGAAGAUGUUAUCCGAUACUAUCAAACUCCUGUUACCAGGCCCAAGUACAUUGAGCUCCGGCCUCAAUCUUUGCCGCUAAAUGUUAAAAUUGUGAUGGACAGUAUUAAAAAGCCGUUAGAUCAGUCUUGAAAGUUUUUAAAAUAUGAACAUUGACCCAACUCGAGAUUUUUGAUUCAUCUAGUGCUAUUUAGUUGUUAUCUAUU